UCACGAGGUAAACAUUAGCAGCUUCUUCCGCAGCAACAAACCUGGUCCAGAGCGAAAAGGAAGGACGAGAGAUUGACCGAGUUUUUCCAGAAAUGGGCCGCUUCGUUUUUCUUAUUUUAGCGGCAUUUUGCUCCGUGACAUGGGCACAGUUUAUACCCCCGUACACAGAGGACUGUCGAACAGAUAUGUACCCACCAAAGGGCCCUACGUUCAAAGGAGCUGUCAGCUGGUACACCGUGGACCUGGACUUACCCCCUAGCAAGAGAUGGACGUCUGUGAUCACAGACAAAAAAAAGGAUCUGGACAACAUGAUCCAGGCCAUCAGAGACUUGGCGAAUGCUUUUGUGCCCAGUGGGAGGCUGGUCGAGUUGGUCGACAUUACUUUGCCUCUGAUGGUGAACACACUGCCAAACCCGUUCAAGGAUGAGAUUAAAGGGAUUGCAGCUGAUUCAGGCAUUCAUCUGGGUGAGAUCAUCUUGUUCAAUAUCUUCUAUGAAGUGUUCACUGUGUGCACCUCGGUUGUUGCAGAGGAUGCUAAAGGUAACCUUUUCCAUGGCAGAAAUCUUGAUUUUGGGUUAUUUUUGGGCUGGGAUGCGAAGAACAAGUCAUGGACUGUUAGUGAGAAGCUGAAGCCUCUGGUGGUCAACCUGGACUUCAAGAGAAACAACCAGACAGUGUUCAAGUCGACAAGCUUCGCUGGAUAUGUGGGGAUGUUGACCGGCAUCAAGCCGUACUUAUUCAGCCUGACUAUGAAUGAGCGUUUCAGCUUGGAUGGUGGAUACAUCGGAAUCCUGGAGUGGAUCUUGGGGAAGAGAGACGGCAUGUGGAUGAGCUUCCUCACUCGAUCUGUCCUGGAAAAUGCAACCAGCUACGAGGAGGCCAAAUUCCACCUGGCUCAGACCAAGCUGCUCGCUCCCGCUUAUUUCAUCCUCGGAGGAAACCAGACCGGCCAAGGCUGCAUAAUCACCAGGUCCAGAGUAUUCACAAUCGAUACCUUCGAGAUUGAUCUGAAGUUGGGCCGGUGGUACGUCCUGGAGACGAACUACGAUCACUGGAAGGAGCCUCUGUUCCUGGAUGACCGGAGAACUCCUGCCAUGAAGUGUAUGAACCUGACCAAACAGACGAACAUCUCACUACAGACCCUGUAUGACGUGCUCUCAACCAAACCCAUAUUAAACAAGCUGACCACAUACACAACACUGAUGCAAGUGUCCAAGGGCACGUUGGAGUCGUACAUCCGUGACUGCCCAAACCCCUGCAUGCCAUGGUAAUACAUGGUCCACUGAAUCCAGAUCAGUUUGCAAAGGCAUCACUGCUCGCAUGAUCUGGAGACAAAACUUAAAUCCGUUUCUUUGAUGCUAACGACCUAAAGAGUUCAACUUGACUAUCAUUUUGUAAUGUGUUUUUCUAACAAUUCAGGAAGACUGUGAUGAUGAAUGAAAAAUUUUUUCUGUCGUGAGGGAAAUGUGUCUUGACUGUUUUUUUUUUUGUUUUUUUGUGGUUGUGUCCUUCAUAUGUAGCAGAAUGGCAUUAUGGGGCAACAAGGGCCUUGAAAGAAAUUAGAAUGUGUGAUUGUUUUUUGAUAAACUUUUAAAAACCAGAACUUUAACCACCUGCAAUUUCCGUCACCAUUUUGUGCCUGUACACUGAAAUUGUCAAAUGUUCAGUUUCUGUCUCCGCAUGACCUCUGACCCCUUCACACACUGGCACUGACAAACUUACCUCAGAGUCGAUCGCUUCCUCUUUGUAAAAGAAAUAAAUGAUUAUCUUAAAUUUU